AUGCAUAUUGGAUGGGGGACAUUGCUCGUAAGAAGGACCACUAGCUCUUAUCUACCUUCUAAGCUAACAGCGUGGAUAGAUCGUGGUUAUGCCCCCUUCGCCUACUCUGGAUAUCCGGUCUUUCGAAAUGUCAGGGAUUACGGAGCAAAGGGAGACGGUGUUACGGACGAUACCAUUGCUAUCAAUGCCGCCAUCACUACCGGAAAUCCUUGCAACCAAGGCUGUGCCUCAACCACCACAACUCCAGCUGUUGUCUACUUCCCCGCUGGAACCUACCUGAUCUCCGGGUCCAUCAAGCCAGCAUACUUUACUCAGUUGAUCGGAGAUGCGGGCUCCCCACCUACGCUCAAGGCCACGGCCAACUUUGCUGGCUUUGGUCUCAUCGAUUCGAAUCCAUACUACACUCAAAACCUAAACUGGAAGGCUGUGAACGUGUUCUUCCGCCAGAUUCGCAACUUUGUUAUCGACACUACGAAUAUUCCUGCAGGAAAUGCCGCGACUGGUAUUCACUGGCCAACUUCACAGGCGACAAGUCUGCAGAACAUCGUCUUCAACAUGCCGACAGCAUCCAAUGUUGUCCAUGUUGGCUUGUUCAUGGAGGAAGGCAGCGGUGGUUUUGUCACGGACUUGACCUUCAAUGGUGGUGCUACUGGUGCCUCGAUGGGUAAUCAGCAGUUUACUAUGAGGAACUUGAAGUUUAACAACUGCAAGACAGCCAUCUAUCACCUCUGGAACUGGGGCUGGACCUACUCCGGCCUAUCCAUCAACAACUGCGGGAUCGGUAUUGACAUGACCGCCGGCAGCGGCAAGGUAGAAACCGGCUCCAUCACCGUCUUCGACAGUUCUUUUACCAACACCCCCGUCGCCAUCUCCACCUCCUGGACUACGACUACCACUCCCGACACCGCCGGAACUCUCGUCCUCGAGAACAUCGCGCUCACCAACGUGCCCGUCGCCGUCAAGGGCCCGCAAGGGACUUACCUCUCCGGCUCCACCGGCUCAACCACCAUCACGGCCUGGGGCAACGGGCACAAAUACACCCCCUCCGGCCCCGUCGAGUUUGCCGGCGCCAUUACUCCCAACCCUCGCCCUGUCAGUCUCCUCGCCUCCAGUGGGCGCUACUACACGCGCUCCAAGCCUCAAUAUGAGACACUUUCCGCGUCACAAUUCAUCUCCGCCCGUGACUCGGGCGCCAAGGGUGACGCCGCAACUGACGACACGGCCGCCCUGCAAAGGGCCAUCAACACCGCCGUUGCCCAGGGCAAGGUGCUCUACCUCGACUACGGGUUGUACAGGGUCACCUCAACCAUCCGCAUCCCGCCCGGCGCCAAGAUCGUCGGCGAGUCCUACGCCACCAUCAUGUCGGCCGGCGGCUUCUUCAACGACAUGAACAACCCAAAGCCUGUCCUCCAAGUAGGAAGCUACAGCGGACAGGCGGGCACAGUGGAGCUGACCGACUUUAUCGUUUCCACGCAGAACGCGCAGGCGGGCGCGGUGCUGAUCGAGUGGAACUUGGCCAGUCCGGCGAGCAGUCCCAGUGGCAUGUGGGAUGUGCACACGAGGAUUGGCGGGUUCGUGGGCAGUCAGCAGCAGGUUGGGGAGUGUUUGAAGACGCCCGGGAACCCGACGGUGAGAAGGGAGUGUAUCGUGGCGUUUAUGGCGAUGCAUAUUACCAAGGGGGCGAGCGGGUUGUAUAUGGAGAAUGUGUGGUUGUGGACUGCCGACCAUGAUAUUGACGAUGCUGCUCUCACGCAAAUCACGCUUUACAGUGGGCGUGGUCUUUACAUGGAAUCCACCUCAGGCACCUUCUGGCUCUACGGCACCGGGUCCGAACACCACGUUCUCUACCAAUACCAGCUCUCCUCCACCCAAAACAUCUUUAUGGGGAUGAUCCAGACCGAAACGCCCUAUUACCAGCCCACCCCCAACGCUUUGGUUCCAUUCCCCACGGUCUCCUCCCUUAACGACCCCAAUUUUGCGUCAUCCUGCUCUGGCGUCUCAGGAAACUGCGCAGCAGCUUGGGGCUUGAGAGUGCUCAACAGCAAGAAUAUCCUCGUGUAUGGAGCGGGUCUGUACUCGUUCUUCAGCGAUUACAGUACCACUUGCUCGACGUUUGCGGCAGGGCAGACGUGCCAGAGUAGAAUUGCGAGUAUUGAGGGGAGCGGGUGUUCGAAUGUGAAUAUCUAUGGGCUGAAUACGAUUGGGGCGCAGAGUAUGUUGACGAGGAAUGGACAGAGUGUGGCGUGGUAUGCGGAUAAUGUGAAUAAUUUCCCGAGUUCGAUUGGGGUUUUUAAGAGUGGGUGA